AUGCUGGCCUGCAAGUCUUUUAAGAAGUCCAGCAUGAACCUUUGUGACACCUUGGCUACUCUAGCAAGACGACUGUUUACAGAGUUUGUUGAUCCCCUCACUAUUCAACCAAUUUUGGCUAGUCGGUUGUUUCCACGUGAUAAAGGCAAUGGGGACGUUAGGCAGAUCGGUGUAGGAGAGGUUAUCAGGAGAAUCAUUGGAAAAUGUGUAACAAAGGUGACCAAGCAAGAUAUUAUUGAGCCCAGUGGUUCACUGCAAGUCUGCGUAGGAUUUGAGAGUGGAAGUGAAGCAGCGAUUCACGCGAUACAUAACAUAUUUGAAGCCGACAAUACAGACGCCGUCUUACUGAUUGAUUCCUCUAAUGCGUUCAACUCCUUGAAUAGGGCUGCUGCUUUACAUAACGUGAGGAUAUCAUGCCCUACAACCACUUACGCAAUUAAUUUCUAUAGAGAACCGGCACGUCUUGUUUAUCAUUGGGGGAAAGGAACUGAGAUUAGAAGAAGGUACAACCCAGGGGCACUCCCUUGCUAUGUGUCUCUACGCAGUAAGUCUUCAGUCAUUAAUAGCACGCUUGAAUGCCUCUACGUUCGUAAAGCAGUGUUGGUUCGCGGAUGA